CGCUUCUACAUGGGGCUGCAUGAAAUCCGAGUGCCAGAGAGCCGUGCACCAGCUGACUCAAACUCACAGGAGAGACCUGAGCCAAACAGAUGGUGUACAUGUAUAUAUGCCGUGCAUCCAGACUGUUCAUGGCUAUCACCCAACAUCCUUCUCUUUGCUCGUUCGACUGCACGGCAGCAACAAGACUGUCAACUUGAAAUACAUCUUUUCUUCUACACCGUAUAGGCUUGAAACAGCAUUUCCCGGCAAUCAAGAUGUGCGUCUACGGCAUAACACGAGCAGUAUAUGUAACAUGCCGUCAGAACCCGGGUCAUCAAAGUGAAACGCGGGUGGUUAGCAGAUGCGAGGCCUCGCUGAAAGCGAAAUCAGCCUGUCGCGAGCCGGAGCAUGUUCAGGCGCUCGACAUGUUACCUUCUCAAAAGGGUGGGCCAUGCCCUUUUUGCCGGGAUUCAGGAAUGGUAAUGGAGGUCCCAAAGAUCAAGUGGGUGGAACGUUCUAGGUAGUAUGAGGAUUCGCUCCUUUGCGAGCCCGGAGGGAAAUGCCAAAUGAAAGUCUGGCGGUUGGAAUGGAAAGUUUCGCACGUCUUGUUGAACCGCAACUGGAUGGGUAUAUGCAAAUGUUCGCAUUGGUCUCUACUACCUGUAAUGUACUUGCUCAAAUCUACUCCGUACGUAUGAAUCAGUGGAGAGCACUCGGUAUUACGGACCGUCGAUCUCCGGACGACGCUCUGGCUGUGGAAUACCCUUUCCUAAAAUGGGCUAGUUCAACUCGUUGCUUGGCAUCAAAUGAGAGCGCGUCCAGAAAAUUGUCUUCCCAACAGCGACACGGUACUUUCAACCUCUUGGACUUCCACCUCACCUUUCGUACGCUGCCAUCAUGGAUAGUGAUCGCACCUCGGUUAACGCUCUGUUCUCGGAGGACUUGCUUGAGUUCCUCGCAUCCGGCAAAUCAUCCGUGGCUUAUGGUAUCGAUGACGAGCGAGUCUUGAAAGACUUUCACGAUCGCGAGCUGAUCGAUGUUGAGCGGCGAGUGUAUAUACGCCUUGGCUUACACCCGAACAUUCCUAAGUACCUCGGAAGUGUGGGCGAUGGUAUCCUCCUUGAGCGAGGCCAGGUCCUUCGAAAGAUUCUACAACAACAGGGAGCCGACCUAAUUUCCGUGGAGAGGAAGGUCCAAUGGUUGACGCAAGCCGCCCAAGGACUACAGUACAUACACGAUAACAAUAUUAUCCACGCUGAUGUUGGAUGUCACAAUAUGAUCUUGACAAGGCAGGGCGAACUGAAGAUCAUCGACUUCGAAGGCUCCAGUAUCGACGGCGGACCAGCCGACUCUUACUAUGAAUGGUUCAGCUACCGACGACCACCGUCAGAACCUAGUGUGGGGACAGACAUCUUCGCGUUUGGGUGCGCGGUAUACGAAACUAUAACCGGGCGGCCUCCCUACCACGAGCUCGAAUCAUCUGAAGACAGUCGGAAGCUUAUCCACGAUCGAUACGAUGCGGGUAUCUUUCCCGACGUCGCAUCUUUGCCGCUAGGAGCAUUAAUGCAAAAGUGCUGGCACAAUGAUUUUACUUCCAUGAAUGAAGUUGUCCAGGAAAUCCGGGUAUUUGGCCAAUUAAGUCUACCCGAGCAAAUUCGGUCCCUCAUCGUCAGGGCCGCCGCCAUGUUCACUUCAAGUUGUAUCUCCCUGAACAAUAGAAAGCGACCGAAUCUGCCAUAGCUUCUGACAUACUCAGCACCGCGGCAAAAUGAAGAUACGUCAUGAGCUGAGGUCGAAAGGCGGAUUUUCGGGUCUCGAUUUGAUGGUCUACUGCAUUCGCGCUUUUCUAUUUCAGUUCAUCUGGGAGAAGUGUGGGUGAAUUCUCAGAGUAGAGAUGAGCGGUAGACGUCAACGACGUCAGCUACGUCGCUUCCUGUAUGGCCUUUGGAUGGGACUUGACUGACAUGGAGUGAGGUUUUGGAACUUUCGGAACCUUGGUGGAACUUGUAGCACGGAGAAUGCCGGAGGAAACACUUUGUCCUCGCCGUACUGGCCAGCUCUCUGUAUCUACGCCGCAACCUUUUCGAAGACCUCGCCAGCAGGCGUGGUUGUACUGCCUUGACUGAGCCGAAUAAGACCACCUCCAGCGGCGCAGGACUACACGGAACGCCUUGACAUUCAGGUCCAAUCUUAGCGCUGCGCAAACCGUCAUUUCAGAAUCUCAUGGAGCAGCUGCCCGCCUUGGGCAGCUAACUCCAUGGGCUUGCGAGCGAGGUCUGCAGCUACUAUUUCGCAGGUCCUCAACUGCUGGUAUUCCUGCGGCCAAAAGAUUCGCACUGAAGAUUGAUUCGCACGGUUGAGCGAAUUUCGCGACAGCGGUCUCUACACCCUGCUCGCCAGCGGCUGACUCUUGAACACAAGGGUCGCGACAAAAUGGUGGCGCCGGGGCCGCAGAUUGCACAAGCGUCAUGAAGCAAGGUAUAGCCAGUCCUGAGUCCUUCAGAUUUGCGAUUCCGGAGGCUGCGCAAAUGGGAGGCGAUAGUCUUAGGUUCUGCAAGUGUUCUGCAAGUGUACUGCCAUUUCCGCGAUAACUCGGUGUAAUGUACCUUACUAUCAUCCGUGAGAUCCAUGACAUUCUAGCUUGUCCACCAUCCAUCGUAAGUGGUGUUCCAAGGGCCAUGGUCAGUAAGAAGUCUCAUCAGUCUCGUGGAUCUCGAUAUCUGCAGACCAAAAUGGGGAUUCGAGGGGCAUCACGCAAGCACCCAGCCUCCCCCAGCAUUCAAUCAAUUCUCGAGCUGUUUUCCGCAAAGAUCCUGCUCCCCCAGCACCACCGACAGGUCUUUGGCUGACGCGAAUCCUUUCGUCCAACAUCUCUCGAUGAUAGGGCCUAACCAAACCCCACCGGUUUCUGGUAGAGUAUCUCGUCGGGGCCAGAUAGUUGAAUCUCCUACUUCCUUCCAUUCUUGAUAGAUGUCAAAAGCACAGCGUUGACUAGUUAUCAUCUCGAACAUUGUCGCUCCGAAUUGACCGAUGUCGGUAUAAGUUGAAAACCCUGCAUCAUCAUGACCUUCCAAGUCCCAGUCCAGAGGCAUGAGUGUUGACUCGGAGAAGUCGAUAAGUCUGAUCGUCUUGUGACUAUCG